UAAAUUAAAAUCGAUAACAAAAGACGGUAGAUUGAUUUUAAAAAGGUAUAUGUGAUAUAUAGUUCUUCGUGUUCUUAUUAAUAUAAGUGAAAAACAUUUCAAGAUGUCGGAUGAAUCUGUGACGGAAAAUGACAGUCUCUUAAUGAGUGAAUACAAAAGAAAACAUUGUGAAGGAAUAACAAGCUGUAACGAGACAUGUGAAUCUGAUCCUAUCAGCCUUCAAAAACAUCUCGAUUGCGAGACCUGUGUUAAAAUUCCUUUGGAAUGCACCUCAGACAUUCAAGAAGAGAUUGAUGUUUUUCCUAGUGACAGUACUGACAUUCAAAUUAGUACUGUCCGAGGGCUUCCCCCGGGGAAAAAGUAUCAUAUUUUCAUUUCAUGUUCUUCGGAAGAUAUUGAAGAAGUAAACAAGAUAUGCAAGGACUUGGAGAAAAGAUUUUUCUUCAGAUGCAUGCAGUUUGAGAGAGAUUUUGUGGCGGGAAAACGUUUGGAUGACAAUAUUCAUUCCGAAAUGACAAAAAGUGUUAAAGUAUUGAUGGCGCUGAGCCCUGCGUAUAUUGAAAGUCACUGGUGCAUGAGAGAGGCGGAUGUGGCUGUUCAAUUAACUUACUCUAACAGAGAAAAUCUGAAGAUAAUACCGGUUUUGUUGCGACCGAUUGAUGAUAUGCCACCCUUUCUGAAGAGAUACAGGUAUAUAGAAGCACAAAAGGAAGAGGACGUGCCAGCAAAGAUAAUGGAUGCAUACUAUCAUUCAGAGGCUGUAGAUGGAAUCUUAAUUCAAGGUGAACAAGGAUUAACAGCGGAAGAAAUCCAGAAUCAGAACGGGGCACGUCUGAUGUCAAAGACAUUUAUACAGCAAUAUCCAUACAGUGAAAAGGGCUAUGUAUUUGAAACUGAAAGUCUGACUUAUAAUGAGCGAGAAUAUUUGAAAAACAUUCAUAAAAAGUGUGAAGAACAAUUCGAAGCAGCUGAAUGUUUGGUUUCAAGUCAGCGUCUUCUGAAAUUCUACAAGAUCUUUGUUUUAACUAAAUUUACUCACGCUACAGCCGUAUUGUUAGCUGCUAUUGUGGUGUCCUCUACAAUGACGCUAGAAUACGUAACUGUACUAGUCAGUAGAGAUAUCAGAAACACGUCAAGCGCGUCAUUCCCCUUAGGAGUUUUGCUUGGAUUCGUGUUAUACAUCAUAUUUGUCGUAGCAAUAUUCGUCUUACGUAAAAAGCUGAAAAACAAUAUAAGAAAGAAACUCUGGAAAUUUGUGAACAAAAAGUAUUUCCGGGAGACAAAAUGCUUGAUUGUGUAUGACGAUGUCAUUGUUCGACAGCCUUGUGUAUCCUCUGAAU